AGCUUCCCGCUGGUUGAAGCCGCUGCCGGGGCCACACCGCCCCCGCGCGACCGGCCGCCCGUCCGUCCCGUCCCGUCCCCGCGCACAGCACAAGCGGCGGGAAGCAGCGUCGCCGAGGUGGGCAUCGCUCGGAGCUGCGGCCAAAGCGCGGAAAACCCGGGCCCCGCAUUGUGAGGGGGGCAAGAUGUCGGGCGGCUACCGGUGGGGAGGCCCCAGCGGCGGCGAGAGCCGGAUCUAUGUGGGCAACCUGCCGACCGACGUGAGGAUCCGCGACAUCGAGGACAUCUUCUACAAGUACGGCAAGAUUCGGGACAUCGACCUGAAGAACAAGCGCGGCUCGGCGCCCUUCGCCUUUGUCGAGUUCGAGGACCCGAGAGAUGCACAAGACGCAAUCUAUGGAAGAAAUGGGUAUGAUUAUGGAGUCUAUCGCUUACGUGUGGAGUUCCAGAGAGGCCGAGGAAUUGGCGGAGUCGGCGGUGGAUCUAGAGGAAGACCAGGACCACCAGCUCGCAGAUCAGAUUUCAGGGUCAUUGUCUCCGGGCUACCUCCCUCUGGCAGCUGGCAGGAUUUGAAGGAUCACAUGCGAGAAGCUGGUGAUGUUUGCUAUGCAGAUGUUUUGGGGGAAGGUGCCGGAGUGGUGGAAUUCCUCCGCAAAGAGGACAUGGAUUAUGCAGUAAGGAAGCUCGACGACACAAAAUUUCGCUCACAUGAGGGAGAAACUGCUUAUAUUCGAGUUCGUGCUGACAAGCCCAGAAGUUCUAGUUAUGAAAGAUCAAGGUCAAGGUCCAUUUCCAGAGGUCGUUAUUCUCCCUAUCAAAGCAGAAGCUCUCCUCGAUAUUCACCGAAACCCCAAUAUAGAUGAGGACUUGGUAGUCAAAAAUUUCUUUUUAAUCCACAUUCCAUCACUGGCGGUUAGGUUUUAUCUUCAGUUCUAUAUUUCAUGCGAUGCUUUGAAUAAACUUUUUUCCUUUUUA